AAAGGCCCUGGUGCUCUCCUCAGGUGACAUCAACAAAGCGGCAGCAAAAUGUCUUAGCUUAGAUUUCUCUCAUCAUGAAUAUUCAGAACUCUCUCAGCUCGGCCUCUGUUAGUUCCUGUUUACUUUAGACAGGAGUGGCUGAGUCUCCAGUUAACCUUGACAGAGAGAGAGAGAGAGAGAGAGGAGAGAGAGAAAGGGGCGCAGCACAAACAGGUAUGUUGCACCUCAGCACACCUGAGAUGUGAGAGCUGCUUUGCUACUGGCUGCCGGAGCCAAGGCUGCUUGCUUUGCCACAGAGACCUGCCUCACUGUCAGGACCUCGUCUCAUCCCUUCUUCAUGUUGGUCUUUCCCCAUAACGGCUGAACUUGCUACCAAGUGAGGGACGAAGUUCAGAAGUCCAAGAGAACAGGGUGUUGAUUCCUGGCCACCAUGGCGGAAAACAAUUAUAGCUGGUGGAAGCUGACUUUUCUGCGGAAAAAGAAAUCCACCCCCAAAGUAUUGUAUGAAAGCCCAGAUAUCUACAAUGAGAACCAACAGGAGGGUAUGCUUGCCGACGGGGGAAACAGCGGGAGCAGCGAGCGCGAAUUCAACGCCCGGCUAGAGAAGAUUGUGGACAAGAGCACCAAAGGAAAACACGUCAAAGUCUCUAAUUCAGGGCGCUUCAAGGAAAAGAAGAAAGUAAGGGCCACGUUGUCAGAAAACCCCAAUUUUUUUGCUGACAGCGAACGGGACGAGAAAUAAGGAGGUGGAUGAAAGAGAGAUGCUCUCUCCACAUGCCUUCAUUUGAGGAUGUUUCUCUGGUCUGAGAGAAGCCUACGACACAUGCAUUUCAACCCAUUUGCAAAUGAAGUUUAACGAGGGACCACUUGGGCUUUCGAGACUGGGUCCUGAUUUUCACUUGAAUAGAUAAGUUUCAGAAGAAGAUGAACUUUAUUAAUGUUACUAGUCUUUUUUUUUAAUUUAAGGAAUAAAGCUAAUAGUAUUUAAAAUGAAUGACAGAAGAAGCCAGAGGCACAGCAGAGAAUGUGUGGUGCAAGGAUCAUAUUCAGAAUUGCUUAACCAGUUACCCCUGGAUACCAUUAGGAACCCUAUGAUCCCAGUGGUGCUAUCAGAGCAGGACUUUAGGGCUAAGGUUCAGGGCUCCAGUCAGCAAAAUUACACACACACACACACACACACACACACACACACCAAAUUCAAUAGGGCUAGCUUACCAUAUUUUGAAGUUAAGAGAAUACAUAUUUACUACCUAUAGAGAAGCAUCAUUAAACCAUAAAGUCUAGUUUCGAAAAUUACCAUAAUGUGACCCUCAUAAUUGGGCCGCAAGUCGAGCCAGCAUGUUUGCCACCCAAGAUUAGCAUCAGCACAUGGCAUCCCCAGGCAACAUCUGGGACUCUCAGCACUCCAGCUGUGCCAAUCAGUGCUGAUGGUCGCCUCAGCCACUGUUCCCUUGGUGGUAGGUUUAUCUGGUUGCAGUGGCUCGGUCUGAGAAGCUGCCCACCACUGAAAAUUUCCCACAAUGCCCCAGUGUAGCAGAACUUUGGGGGUGGGGUGUCACCAAUCUUUUUUGGCCAGUAGACACAUUUGGAAUUUUGAGGAAGUGUCAUGGACACAAGUCACAAAACUGGUGCUAUGAGCUAUGAGAGCAUGGCAUGCCGUCCAACAUUUCUCCGAUGAAAAUACGGACUUCUCGUUCCAUAUUGAUAAUUUUGCUACCGUAUUUAUACCCCACACAUCUUACUGGGUUGCCCCAGCCACUAUGGGCAGCUUCCAACACACAGUGGUACCUCAGAUGGCGAACUUAAUCCGUUCCUGAAGUCCGUUCUUAAACCAAAUCCGUUCUUAAACCGAGGUGUGCUAUCCUUAAUGAGGCCUUCCGCCAGCAGUGCCCUUUCACCGUUCGGUUCCGUUCGUAGACCAAGAUAAGUUCGCAAACUGGAACGCUACUUUCGGUUUUGCAGAGUUCGUAAACUGAAUACAAUGGUACCUCGACAUCCGAACGACUCGACUUCCGAAGGUUUCGACUUCCGAAGUCGACAACCCCGGAAGUCUUUUCGCCCCGCGUGCAACGGGCGCUUCGACAACCGAAGACUUCGACUUAUGAAGACAGCCGCGGAACGGAUCGUCUUCGUAAGUCAAGGUACCACUGUAGUUCGUAAACAGGACUGUUCUUAAAGCGAGGUACCACUGUAUAUAAAAAACAUAAUAAAACAUUAAAUAAACUUCCCUUUACACGGCUCAGGGGUCGGGUAACUCCACUGCUUUUUUCCCCUGGGGGUACGCAGGGGUAUGCAUACCCCUAAACAUUUUGUAAAUCUAAGUUUCACCUCAUUUAGGGGCAGUAUUUGAUAAUGAGUAGGAAAAUGAGAGUAUUCCUAAACAUUUUUUUAGAAAGAAAAAAAAGCAGUAGAUAACUUCCAACAUUUCUCCAAUGAAAAUAGGACAUUCUAAGGAAAAGUGGGACAUUCCAGAAUCAAAUCAGAAAUCGAGAUGGCUUCUCUAAAUCAGGGACGUCCCUGGAAAAUAGGGACACUUGGAGGGUCCGGCCUGGCAUAACACAAAAUGGCUGCUGUGGGGGCUACCACAUCUAAACAAAAGAGACAGGAACACAAAAUAGUGUAGGUGUGCCACCACAUCAACUCCCCCUCCCAAAUCAAAGAGGGAAAGGGAAUGUGCAAUUAAUGCAGGAGAGAACAAGCAAGUGCAAACAGGAACUGAGUUGCAAGAGCAAUCUCUUUUGCAUUGUGGAUAUUGGGGGGUGGAAUAAAAAAUUACUAAGACUUCUCAAGGGCACCAUAGAAGGUACUGGUGGCCACACUAGAACCCCCAGGCAUUGUGGGAAAUUUAAAUGGUAGGGGGGUUCCCAGGUUAAGCUACUGGUACAGUGUUAUAUCAUGGCCGGGGUGGGGGUGGGGAGGUACCUUGCUCAGGGGUUGCUCAGCAAUGAAACCAGCCUUGUCACCUUUGAGUGUGAUGUGCCCUGCUAAAGCUGGAGAUUCUAAUCUGUCCUUGUAUGGUGCCAGCCUCCACAAUUGUGACCCACCAAGCUCAACAGACCCACAGGCAAGCAUUCUGGCAUGUCGGACAUAUGAUUAACAUCCCACUACGCCUAUUUUGUGGGACAUAUGAUUAACAUUGUGGACAUAUGAUUAACAUGCCACUACGCCACUACAGCGGGUGGCACUGUGGGCUAAACCACAGAGCCUAGGGCUUGCCGAUCAGAAAGUUGGCAGUUCGAAUCCCCACAGCGGGGUAAGCUCCUGUUGCUCGGUCCCAGCUCCUGCCCACCUAGCAGUUCAAAAGCACAUCAAAGUGCAAGUAGAUAAAUAGGUACCGCCACAGCGGGAAGGUAAACGGCGUUUCUGUGCGCUGCUCUGGUUCGCCAGAAGCGGCUUUGUCAUGCUGGCCACAUGACCUGGAAGCUGUACGCCGGCUCCCUUGGCCAAUAACGCGAGAUGAGCGCUGCAACCACAGAGUCGGUCACGACUGGACCUAAUGGUCAGGGGUCCCUUUACCUUUACCUGCUUACGCCUAUUUUGCAGUCAGGGGAAUGCUGCAAAAACAGGUUUAUCGAGGACCACCAGAUAAGGUUGGAGGGCUGUGUUUUCAGUGAUGGGCCACAAUUUGUGCAGGUUUGAUCCAAUGGAUAUUUUGGAGUCAGCAAUCCAUAAUAAUAAUAAUAAUAAUAAUAAUAAUAAUAAUAAUAAUAAUAAUAAAUGUGAAACUGUGGACAUGCCCUUGCUCAGAAGCCUUAACAUUCCUCCAAGGGAUGAAAUAUCCAGCUACAAUGUGACACAUAAGCCCUACAUGAAACCUUUCCCUUUUCCAUCUACUCGGACUGCAAAAUGGGCAUUUGUCUAACCAUCACCUGUGACUUUAUGUUUUUCCUUCCUCCACUGUGCAGCAUUAGGGAUGUUUAUAAAGAAAAGCGUGCUUUAGCAUGGAGUUGCAACCUUAGUAACAUGCAUUUUGUUUUAUGACUGAUCUAUGUGGGGAUCAAAAGGACAUUUCUCUCCAGUUCAAACUGAACAGUAAACCUCAUGGCAGGGGUGGGGAUCCCUCAGGCUUGGGUGUGAAAUGUCACCCUCCGGGCCUCUUUAUCUCACACUUUGAACUCUCCCCAAGUCACACCCCUCUGCCCUGGUGACACCCAGCACACCAGCCCUGCUCCACACCCUCUCUGAGUGCCUUUGCCUGGCUGGAACGCAUCUCUGAACUAUAAUAACACCUCUUGCUUGCCUUGAUGAAGGAAGAGGAAAUGUUUGUGUAUAUGUGAAUGGAAACCUCUGAUCUUUGUGUUGCUGGUAUGUAACCAAGCAUACAAAGUGCCCCACCCACUUUUGCCUAUGGCCCCACACAUCACUGACGUGUGGCCACCCACAAGAUUAGAGGGAAUGCACGUCCUUCAGGGUAAAGUAAGUUCCUUACCCCUGCCCUAUAGACAUUCCUUCUAAUGGUGUGGAAUGUCUCACUAGCUUGAGUCGUCAGAAACUGUUUUUCUUAUUUUCUUAUUUGUCCACCAUAUACGACUUUUUGGGGCGCAACUGCUUCUUCAAGGCAGGGUACAAAAUUUCAAAAAGUGCAUUAAUGAUAAUUUUUUUUGAAAAAAUAUGUCCAAUUAAAACGACACACUUCUUAAAAUUGAACAAUAGGAGGUGAAAACGUCAACGGCAAUCAAUAAAAAAAUGAAGUGAUUAAUAAAAAGUAGAUUGGAAUAAAAAUGGGUUUGUUUCUUAAAAGUUUCCAAAGAUGGGGUCGUAAGGGAGAGAGUUCCAGAAGCGCAUAGCCUAUGACAAAAAGAUCCUGCCUCUGGUACCAGCCACUUCUCUGUGCAUGACUUGUUUGGGGGAUACAAAGGGAGAGACUGUUUGGUUCAUAUUUACUUCAUCACCUGAUAUCCAAGUUUGUCAAGGUUGUCCUUUUCCCACAUUCAGUUCAGUUGCCUCCAGUCAGUCCCUACCAAGGCUGUCUGAUAAGUCAGGUGAACACUUGCUGUGAAGAACUGUAUUAAUAACUCACCUAUCAACCUCAGUUUAUACUCAUAAAAACCUACUGUUCUGCUGAACUUUGCACACCAGUUUCAUUGAACUUCAUCACAGUUUGUCUUCCUAACCGGCAAGAAUUGCUUGCUGCAAAAAACUUGUCCCCACCGUUGCCCCAUAUAUAUAGGGUUUCAAAAGGAGAAACUCCCCCCCCCCUUACCCAUCUCAAUAGAAAGCAUUAGGCCACAUUUGCAAACACACAUUUAAAGCACUCUGAUACCACUUUAAAUAGUCAUGGCUUCCCCCCAAAGA